GUGACAUCCCUAAUUCCUGCCCCUCAAGCGCUAUAACUUCCCAGAAUUCGAAUUUUAACCCCUUCCGUAGGCGGCUCGCCGGGCUGCAGCGAGCGUUAAAAGGGAGAGCUCGCUCUCUAGGGUUUUGCAGUCUAGGGUUUUGCUGGGGGAUGGAAAUGGCGAGUACGAAUGGAAGGGAUCAGUCGCGGGAGUACGUUUACCUCCCGCUCGUCGACGCUCUCAAGUCCGUCGGCGUCAGGGUCAACCUCUUCGCCGUCGUCUCCGAGAUUGGCGCCGUCAGGCGAAGCAGAGGAUCCGAUUAUGUUCUCACAUUGAAGAUAAUGGACCAGUCUUACUUAGCUCCAGGUAUUUCGGUGAACUUCUUUUCAGAGAGGCCAUCAAAACUACCCUCUGUUAUGUUAAAUGGGGAUAUAAUCGGUCUUCAGCGUGUUGUGAUGAAGAUUCACAAUGGAGACCAUUAUUGUGUUUAUAAUAAGAGGUUUUCCUCAUUUGCACUAUUCCAAGGGAAAAUGACAGAGGACUGUAGUCCUUAUCAAAUUUCUCCGAAGUUUCAGCAAAGAGAUCAUGACGAUGAACAUUUAUCACAGCUAAGGACAUUGUUGAUUGAUCAUCCACCUGGUGCAGUUUUAAAAGAAGGAGAAUUGCAACUUAGGAGGAUCAAGACACAUACUCUUUUUGAUCUAGUAUGCAAGGUUCUUCAUAUCUGCAAUACGUCCAAUGGUGAGUGGAUACUCUUUGUUUGGGAUGGAACAGAUGCUCCUCCUCUUAUGCUUCAGAAUGACUUAAACACUGAAAUGACAGCCCCAACUCCCCUGCGUCCUGAAGAGUUGCUUUUGUCAAGGGAAGUCUUAUGCUCAUUUCCUCCUGUUGGGACAGUGUUACGAGUAUUUGCGGACAAGUUCUUCAAAGAGUUCCCACAUUUGUUAAAUGGUGGAUGCUGGGUCAGGUUAUGUAAUAUUAACUGUGAGGUGCAAUCUGGGAUUUGGAAGGGCAUGUUAAAAGUUUGCAGUAAAAUUCGUCUUUUGUCUGAUGAUGAGAGCACUGUAUUGGAUUGUCUCAAGAAAUACAAUGCACGUGUUAAAUCACAAGCUGAACGUCUACCUUUGACGUGCUUUCCUUGGCCUUCACAUAUUCUAAGUGUGGAUGGUUAUUGUGGAAUCCCUGCGACAUUGAUGGAUUCACUCACCUGUAAACAGGUAAAACACUUGGUUGUGUGCGUAGUCCGGGUGGUUUCAUCAUGUCCUUGGCGUGCUGAGGAUCUACGCUCUCCAGUUGGUGGGCACUUCCGGAUCAGAGUGAUUCUCGAAGAUCCAACGGCAAGAAUUUAUGCAUAUAUAAUCAAGGAACAAGGGGAGAAGUUUUUUGGAGCUUGUUCGACACAAGAUGCAUUGACUAGAGGCAUGAAUGCCCUACUCGGUAUAACCGGCGGUUCGGGCGGCGAUCCUCCUCCUAGGGAGCCACCGUGGGUGUUGUGUUGCUUGAGGUCUUAUUGCUUGGACGAGAGUGAUCCGUGGGGGUCUAGACGAUACCGAAUCGUCAACACCAGGCUUAGCUUGUAUAACUGAACAGAAUCGUUAUCAUAAAGUUCUGAAGAACAACUCGUCUUAUGGUGUACAUAUUUUGGUUUGGAGCCCUGUGGGUUGGCAACAGUGUUUAAGUUUCAUCCUUUUCUGGUCUUUUGGUCUACUUUGGUGCUUUACAAACUUGCUCAAACUGGAUGUGCAAGAACUAUUUUGUUUGAUAGCUGAAAGGAAUGUUCUUGCUUCUGUGUCAAAUCUCCGAUUUUAAAGCUUUCGUUUCUUCGACUGCA